UGAGUAUUCAGAACAGAAUGUCAACAGUGUAAAAUUUUUGUUUUUCAUUUUUGCUUUCAAUGUAAAAUUUAAUUUAAAACUUAUUUUUUGUUUUUUUAGUGUUGUGGUACUUAAAAUAUAAUUAUUUGUCUUGCCUGUAAAUUUUUAUACGAAUCCAUCUUUGGUUACGUCUUCCUUCCAGUAUGUGCAAACGAUAUUUCAUACUCAAUCUACCCGAAUGCACGCACCGAGUUUCUCUGAUAUAAAUGUGGCUCAGCGACCUGAAUGAUCUUCCCAUCAACAGCUCCACCGAUUAAAUAAGCAGUAUGGUGGUGGUAUUGAACGGCGUGCUCGCGGACGAGUGUCCCACGUCGGUGCGGGCGUUGCUCGCGGCGCACCCCGGGUACAGGGAUGCGGCGGCGCAGUUGUUGUCGGCCGCUGCGAGGGUGGUAGCACCCCCCGGGCUGCUGUAUGUCGCGCAGAGGGAGAUGGCGGCGGUCGUGCCGCAUGAUAAAAACGUUACAAUCAUUGGAUCAGAUGACGCCACAUCAUGUAUCAUUGUAGUUCUAAGACAUUCAGGUUCAGGCGCAGUAGCCCUAGCGCAUCUAGACGGUUCUGGAACAGCGGAAGCAGCAUCAGCAAUGGUGGCGAGGGUACAGCAACUAGCGAUAGGAUACCCGGAAGGCAGGCUGGAGUUGCAGCUCAUUGGGGGAUUCACGGACCCACAUGGAUAUGCUGAUGAACUGUUCUCUAAUAUUAUGAUAUCAUUCCACCGUCAAUCCGAAGAGAUCGACCUAACACUCGCUUGCUGUUGCGAAUUAAACACAGCGCUCGGUGGAGGCACUCCAUCACCGUUAGUGACAGGAGUUGGAGUAGAUAUACGGGCUGGUGAUCUCUUCCCAGCAACAUUCCCGGAUAAGGGGCCAGAACUGCCGCUGCGAUGCGCUAGGACGAUCACUGGAGGACCUAAUUGUGCACAGGUGCUGGACAUAUACGACAACGCGGUGGGCAUGCUGCGCAUAGGCCCGUUCAACUACGACCCGCUGCGCGGGGUGGACCUGUGGCUGGAGCAGUCGGACGAGUUCAUCCUGCAGCACCUCAGCACCACGCCCAGCGUCGAGCCGCCGCACUUUGUGCACAACAUCCGCGUGACGCUGAAGUUCAUCCAGCAGCACCCGUUCCCCGCGGUGACGGUGUUCCCGGACAACCGGCCGCACUACUACCGCCGCGACGAUCAGACCGGGUGCUGGAUGCCCGUGCGCUUUUAAUGAUGAUGACGUCAUAAGAAUAAAGAAACGCCACUGGAAGAAUAACAAGCUCUGAAUUAUGAUGUUGUUGGCUCUGAAGAUUGACAAAACUAAAAAAUAAAUAUGGACAAAUAUGCACAAACUUUACCGAGUAAAGCAAAAAAAAUGAAAUAAAGUGACUUAAAAUUUAUAAUAAUAUUAACAGUGUUUAUCGAUUCUCAUCUGAACUAAAUAUCUAUAUUAAAAUUAUAAUUAAGUAUUCUCUUUACGUGAAUGUUUAAUAAUUCCAUUGAAUUUAUUUAAAAAUAUUACCUUUUUUGGAAGAAGAUACCAAAUUGUAUGAGUGGGAAUAAAAAGAUUGUGCAAAAAAAAAAUCAGAAUUAUAGUUACAGUUGAACUCAAAUUAUCGCACUUUUUUAAAAUUACUACAUAAUAUUUAUUAAAUAUGUA